GGGGGACGUAAAACAUGGACACCGCGGGCGCUGGGGCUGCGCGGGCCGCGGCUGGGCUGGAGGCCCCGGGACCUGCGGACGACCGGCUUUUCGUGGUGAAAGGUGGCAUUUUCCUCGGCACUGUUGCGGCAGCGGGAAUGUUAGCUGGAUUUGUUACAACGUUGUCGCUGGCUAAAAAGAAAAGCCCCGAGUGGUUCAAUAAGGGGAGUAUGUCUACGGCUGCCUUACCGGAGAGUGGGUCUUCCCUUGCCUUGCGAGCUCUGGGCUGGGGCUCACUUUAUGCGUGGUGUGGGGUUGGUGUGAUCAGCUUCGCAGUCUGGAAAGCCCUCGGAGUUCACAGUUUGAAAGACUUUCGAAGUAAAAUGCAAUCAAUAUUUCCACCAAUUCCCAAGAACUCGCAAUCAGCUGCUGAGUGGGAGGAGGCGUUGAAACCCAAGGGAGAUGGGCACAGAUGAGCGCAGAACAGUGCUGCACAAGAGGGCCUCGGAGACAUCGCGGCAGCCGGGGGUCGGGAUUGGGCUCGGCUUCAACCUCGCACACUGCUGAGGACCCGGCGGGAUGGGAAGCACUUGACCCGCAGCCUGUGUGUGUGUGUGUGUGUGACCCGCAGCCUCUGUGUGUGUGUGUGUGUGACCCGCAGCCUCUGUGUGUGUGUGUGUGUGACCCGCAGACUGUGUGUGUGUGUGUAUGUGACCCGCAGCCUCUCUGUGUGUGUGUGUGUGUGUGUGUUGGGAGGGUAAGAUUCCCCCCAAGUUCAGACUAUUUAAAAGUAAUAAUUACAGGAGUAACUUCCCUGUGUGCAGGGAUCCAGAGGAAGUGAUUCUGCUGUUGACUUUAACAGUUGAAACCAGAUUUCAUGCCGGACAAGUUUGUAAUACAAGUGCUGGGAAGUCUUUAUCCGUAGACCCCUAUUGCAGGAAGGCUCAGUGCAUGUAACUGAAUUAUUUUCAAGAGCCUUUCUUGACAGAAUACCACUGUCAGAACUUGGACAGCUUCAUCCCAUCAGCCAGCCUCGAAGGGACAGGUUAGGCAAAUUCUCUCCGGCAAAUGAGUGUCCCUGCCACCCUGGAUGUGGUCUUUGACAUGUAACUUGCACACACGUGCCAUUUAUUUACCAUGGCCCCCCGGAUGGAGCUGAGAGUUCCAGAACAAGAAGCAGUCAUGGUAACCUAGGAAGGUACACUUGGGCUGAGAUAAUAACGGUGAUACAUGGGUAUAAAAUGUGCUUUUUUUUUUUUUUUUUUUUUGACAGGCAGAGUGUACAGUGAAAGAGAGAGACAGAAAGGUCUUCCUUUUGCCGUUGGUUCACCUUCCAAUGGCCGCCGCAGCCAGCACACUGCGCUGAUCCGAGGGCAGGAGCCAGGUGCUUCUCCUGGUCUCCCAUGGGGUGCAGGGCCCAAGCACUUGGGCCAUCCUCCACUGCACUCCUGGGCCAUAGCAGAGAGCUGGCCUGGAAGAGGAGCAACCGGGACAGAAUCCGGUGCUCCAACUGGGACUAGAACCCGGUGUGCCGGUGCUGCAAGGCGGAGGAUUAGCCUAGUGAGCCACGGCGCCGGCCUCAAAUGUACUUUUUUGAAAAGAUGUUCUGGGUCCCUGAAAACUGAGAGUUUGUACUUUGGCUUGAGUUGUCCAAGUCAGAAACUUAGUUGACCCCUAUCUUGAAUACUUGUUUUUUUAACUGAGACCACUUCAACUUACAUGAUUUUUGAGAGCGAGACCUAGAAAGUGAGCCCCCACCCACUAGUUCACUCUCCAGUUCACCAACAAUGGCUACAGCCAAAUCCAGGAACCAGGAACUCGGUCCCAAUCUCCCAUACGGGUGGCAGGAACCCAGUUAACUAAGCCAUCACCACUGCCUCCCAGGGACUGCAUUAGUAGGAAGCCAGAGUUGGGAGCCAGGACCAGAGUUGAAGCCGGGGACUCUGAUGACGGAUGCAGGCUAAGUGCCUCCCCCGUCUUAUAUACUUCAACCAGCAAGUCACCUGAGCACUGAGCCUUACUAUGAAGUGUUGGGACUGCCUCCUCAGAGAAGCUGCCGUGGAAAAGGCUAGCACAUACCCCACCCCUCGCUGUCCUCCAUGACAUCAGUAAACAUGGGGACCAGUUCUACACUUAGAUUAAGUUUUAUAAAAAAGAGAAAUACUUGAAUAUGUCAGUGUCCAAAGAAACAAGCUCUGGUUGGGUAUCCCUUGUACAAUUUCUUAUCAUUGUGUAGACUCUAAUUAGUCAGCAAUAGGUUUAAUAAAGUACAUUUGAAAUUUCUGUUACAGUGAAACCUUUUAGUUGGAAGGGAAAAUUUGUAAAUGAAAUGUCAAGUGCAUAAUGUAACAUUUUUCUCUAGACACUGUUACCCUGUUGAAAUUGCUGUAUUGUUAAUUGAACAGGUGUAAUCUGUGUCUAGAAUUUAUAUGUAACCUGCUAAAAACCCAAGACUAGAAGGAGAGUAUUGUGGAAUUUAUCAACACAGAUGGAGGAGCAAAAACUCUCCUCCCAUCUUCCAUGUGUAACCAGUUCUCUGCUGAGAGGUUAUUCCUAGGGGCUGCAAUUGUGGCUUAGCAGGUAAAGCCACUGCCUGCAGCACCAGCAUCCCACAUGGGCACUGACUCCUGUCCCGGCUGCUCCAUUUCCAGUUUACCUCCCUGCUGAUGGCCUGGGAAAAGCAGUGGAAGAUGACCCAAGUCCUUGGGCCCUUGCACCCAUGUAGUAGACCAGAGUGAAGCUCCUGGCUUCAGCUUGGCCCAGACCUAGCCAUUGGAGGCAUUUGGGGAGUGAACCUGCAGAUGGAAGGUAUCUCUCUCUGUUUCUCCCUCUCGCUGUGUAACUUUGCCUUUUAAAUAAAUAUAUAUAUAUUUUUUAAAGUGCUUCCUUGUGUGGCAUGCCUGUUUACAGAACCCCAUCCUACAGGACUUCUCUCGCCUUUGAUGACAGGAGACUCCUGAGGAUGACUGAGUCAGACUCCCUACAGUAGGUACCGAGCACAAGCCCCCAUGGCAUGGUAGAAACAGGAAAAGGGAACAAAGAUGAAGAGCUGGAAAGAAAAGCAGUACAACUAAAGUGUUUUCCUGCAGUCACACUCAGAUGACAGAGGACUUCGUCCUGUGUGUGUUCCUCUUGUACCAGAGGCGUAGUGUCAACUUGGUUAACAGAAAGGAAAAAUGGCCAGCAGAUGAUGUUCUUCAUGUGAGGGGUCAGUUCCUGGGUGUGGCAGAGGCAGUGGCAGGGAAUCCCAAGUCCACCUUUGCUGUCUAUGUUGGGUAGAGGACAGCAAACAUCCUCACUCUUCUCUCUGGAGCAUACAGAGCUGUAACCACCCUCUUCUCCAAGAUGGUGGCGGCUAAGCACACCAUCACCUGGAGGCAGCGCCAGCCACCUCUGCAUCCUGUCCCAGCCCAGGUAAGGAUGUGGCUUCCAGGUGCUGGGAGCCGAGCUCCACACAGAGGCUCAGCAGCCAGAGGAGCUACAAAAGCAGUGGUGGGCAGAGCGUUUGGCUCCCGAGGCCCCGGCUUCCUGGGAGGGAACACCUGUGCUGCUAAGUUACGGCUUGUAAAAUUGCAUCCCAGGGCUGAACAGCCUGCAGGUGGAAGGUCGGAGGUGUGGUGGCCCCCACGCUGCCUCACAGUUUAUCCCUGGGAGACUCGCAGGCUCUAGGGCGGGGGAUGAGCCGUGGCUGCCUCAUGUGGGCCUGCCUGGCCAACACUGGCACCCCUCUCUCCUGUCACUCUUAGUUUUACUUUCACGGGGAGUGUGGGAUGAAACUUGCAAAUUAAGCCUGGCAACAAGUGGAACAUGGAAGAAAUUAAGGGGUGGGAGGGAGCCCAUGGGAACAAAAGUAAUUAAAACCCACUGAAUUCGGCCACUUCACUGGGGGCACAAUUUAUUCUCUCCGCAGCUUGGUUGGAGGAGAAUGUUUAUUUUCACCUCAUUUCUGUGUAUUUCUUUAAAACAAGUAGUUACAAAUAAAUGAAAUCAGGCAAACUAUAAAUUCAAGUAGGUUUCCUAAAACAGGGUCACCCAUCUUUGUCUUGUUCUUUAUCAUUGCCAAAUGGGGAGUUUUUCCUUUCGGCCAAGUAUCAGGAUCUCUGGUGCCCAGGCUAGACCAUGGAUGCUGUGACUGAGGGAGGAAAAGGACCCUGCCCUAGGAAGUGAGGCUGACGGCCCAUGUUGUCUCCGGCCAGAUAACUCGGUCCUGGGGACAUUGAGAAUCGCGGUUGCCAGAAGCACAUGUAGUGUCAGUGUCAGCAGAGUGACUUAGUUCUUAGUAUCUUCCUCACAUAGCUGGAUCUGGUCCUUUGCACCAUUACCAUUUGAUGAGGUUGCUCGCUUACUUAAAAAAAUCAUAAGAAAAAUGGGCAAGGACGUGUUUAAUUGUACUUGACGACAGGGCAAGGAACUCUCCUAGGCAGCUCAGGCAGGGGGAGUGGGCGUGUGGCACGACCAGAGCACCUGCUACCUGCCCAUCUGAACUCUCCCCAGCAUCCGUCCGCACACGGCCCCGACAGCUCCCAGGCGUGGAGUGGUUUCCAGCUCUGCAGGUCACGUCCAGGGGCGCUUGUGAGACAUGCGGCUCUGGGCCUUGCUCGCCAGCUGCCAGGGUGACAAGGACACGUGGACAAAACUGAGUCCUCAUGGAGCCGGGCCAGGUUUGAAGCCUGCCUUUUCCUCUCCCGACUGGAUAAUGGAAAUGUGUUUGUUUAAAUGUAUUUAUUUGAAAAGCAGAGCUAUACUCCCCAAAUGGCCACAACAGCUGGGGCUGGGCCAAACACCAGGAGUCGGGAGCUUCUCCCAGGUCUCUCCACGUGGGUGCAGGGACCCAAGCACUUGGGCCAUCUUCCACUGCCUUAACGUUAGCAGGGGGCUGGAUCAGAAGUGGAGCAGCUGGGAAACGAACCAGCAGCCAUAUGGGAUGCCGACGUCACAGGCAGCAGCUUAACACACUACGCCACUGUGCAGAUUCUUGUGUUUUUAUCUUACUGUGUCAGUUCGAGUCCCGGCUGCUCCACUUCAAAUCCUACUCCCUGCGAAUGCACCUAGGAAAGCAGGUGAGAAAGGCGCAGGUCCUUGGGCCCCUGCACUCCUAUGGGAGACCCAGAAGAAGCUCCUGGUGCCUGGCGCCUCAGCUCCGGCUGAGGCAUUUGGGAAGUGAACCAGCAAAUGGAAGACCUCUCUCCCUCCCCUGUCU